AUGCCUCCAAACAGAAAUCGGCGCGGCAGAGGAGGCCGCAAUGCCAACAGGAACACUGGUAAUCCUCUUCAACAGGGCAGUCCGAGCCCGCCCCAGCAGCCAUACCCCAACGCUACAACUCGUGCUCAGGAGCGUCAACAACGCGCAGAUGCCCGAAACGCCCGGAGGGAGAUGGAGUACAAUCAGCAGAACAAUGCGAAUCCGCAGCAGCAAGCCCUGGGCCCCAUUCCCUUCCGGCCUGCUCCUGGUCCUGGUGCUACUGGCGCUGCUCCUACUAUUGCCCGACCAACUGGCCCGACUUUGGCAUCACAACAGCUUUUGAUGCAGCAACAGAUGCUUAACCGAGGUCAACAGCUGAACUAUGACCAGUCUAGACAGGCCAAUCCCCAAGUCCAGGGCCAGCACCCUGGGAACCCUUCGAUGCCUCCAGAGGAACGUGAUGAGAAAGCGAGAAGGAGGUUGGAAGCAUUGCAAAAGGUUCAAGAGGCAAAAAAGCGUAGCCACGAUUUCCGUCUUCAAGCUCACUGCGACAAGGCAGACUUCUACAGAAGGGGCAAGGGAGAUGACUGGAUAGGCGAGGAGCGGAAGCCAAUAUUCACUGCGAGGCCUCCCGGUACUGUGCCUGUGACCGAAAGGCUGCUCACUCUCGAGACCAUGCAAAAUCGCCGAAACCAAACCGUCUCCGCUAUGACAGCAAUGAAUGAAAAUCGGGAUGUGUUUUAUCGUCGUGGCGCUUUUCUAGCUCACCAAUAUGGCAAUCGACGCCCGGCAAAGCCCACGAAUGAGACGGCCAGAGCAGCAAUCAACAGUGGAGCAAAGGAUCUCGCUGCUGCCGGCGCGAAAUUCAUUCGUAUCCUGGGACAGGGUGGCUAUGGUAUUGCAGCUCUCUUUGAGCUGAAGAAUGAAACUACCGGUGCUGUCGAACGCAUUGUUGUCAAGUUCAACUCUCGCGAAGGCUAUGUUUCUGACCAUCGUGAAAGGACGUUUCUGAAGACCCUCAAGCGUUCUCGUCACAUCGUCCAAAUCACGAGUCUCAAGGAAGUCCACGAGUCUCUCGGUAACAAAAAUCUCGACGCGGCAACUUUGCAGGCCAUCAAGGAACGCGACUCAAACGAGAACAUUAUCAUCCUCAAGCACUGCAACAGGGGAAAUUUGAACCAUUUUCUCUCUAUGACGACCUUCAGGGGAUCGAAACUGACGGAUAGAGUGCUUUGGAACUUUGUGGAGUGCUUGGGUAGAGGCUGUAUUGCCAUGAGAUCGCCGGUCAGAAUUGCGUCUCACGUAAGUGUCACGCUGCCCGAGGAGGGCCCUGUAAUCACGGAGUCGACCGCACCGGCAUUACGCGGGCUGAACUUGGCUCACCUCGACAUCGACCCUACGAACAUCUUCAUGACUGAGGACCCUGAAGCUCACCCUGAAAUGCCUCAGUUGGUGAUUGCCGACUUUGGGUUAUCAGCCUGCAUGUCUUUGCAGUCUCGCUUCCUGGAGUCACGAUCGGUGAUGUUAUCCUCACGAGGUGCUAAGAGAGGGUUUUGGGCACCUGAACAAUUCACCGAUCAAUGGAAUGAAGUUACCUCGCUUCCAUUUGAACAGUUCUACCCAAAGGAUGGUUCAGGAUAUGAACAUCUUCGUCCUCAGCCCGGCUGUGUGGCGGGUGCAAUCGGCCAUUGGACAAACGUAUGGAUGUGCGGCAUGGUUCUAUGGUCAUGCAUCACUCGACUGCAACCCCUUUUGCCUCUGGUGCCUUCUACCUCUUCUAUCGGGGCGGUUCCUCCCAGAGUGUGGUGGCAUUACGGCUAUCCUUUACUUCACCCUACCGACGACGAGUACACCGACAUCGACCCCGACCUGAAGACGCUGGUCUGCCAAAUGCUUGCCCACGAACCUUGCAACCGACCUCCUCCAGAGGUGAUAGUCCGGACGGCCGAGAAGAAGCUCGAGGGCUUUGACGAUGACCAGCGUAAGAAGAUCCGAGACGAGUUUGACGCAUGGUUUCGAAAUGCACAGCCGGAACCAGCGGACCCAAUUUAUAAGGACCCCCAAGAGCCCUUCCCGAAUCCUGUCGCACCUUCGCCUGUGCCUCAGCAGAAUCCGGUCCCAGCACCACCGGGACCACCAGCACAACCAGCCAACCCGUAGGCUAAGGUAUCAUGAGCUUAGUUGAUAUAGGGUGGAACUUUGGCUAGCCAUCCUACAGGCAGGCCAGUCCUCUGUUUUGUGCGCAGAGCACUGGUUGGUCUGACCUUGAGGGCCUUUUUUUCACGUUUCUGCUGCUAAUGUUUACAUUUGCCGGUGUUUUGCUUGUGGAGUUGCGACCGGAUCUGUUUGAUUGUUUUGUUUGUCUUGACCUCGUUUUGUUCUUGUUUUGGUCCUCUUAGUUUCUCGUUUG